CAACUGGAAAUGGGCCAGUAGCUGGCCUGCCUUAUGGCGGAACAAAAGCUGCUUUGUCAGAGUUUUCAUCCACUUCCUCCAUCGUCCUGUCCCCUGCAGCAGACAGCCAAGUCCCUCUCUGACUGUCAGGAGCUGGAGUCAAGCGUAGGCAAGGCCCUUGGGAAUCCCGGUUCCAGCCUCAUGAGCAUGUUGUUGCAUCAUUCCUCCUCCUCUUCAAAUUUGCCUAGUCCUUCUCCUGAAGCUGACUGUCACCCACCUCUUGUGGUGUGAAUCCCCUCAGCUAUAACUAUGCCUUGUGUUUCAAGGCUGACCUUACUGUACAGGCUUCUUGCUGCGAGCCCGAAAUGCUGCUCUGAGCAGCUCCUUGGAGGAAGGGCAGGGUGAAGCACACUAAUAAGUAAACCAGUUAACUUGCCUGGCAUGAUGUGCCAGGGCAGCCUGAGAGCAGGAGCCGAGGGGUGAUGCCAGGCAAAGCCGGGAGCCGGCUAUCCCAGGGCAGCCUGGUGUGGCUCUUUUGGAGGAGACAGGCUGGGCCCAGGAGGAAGCUGUGGCUUUGCCCCUUGGCAGGCGAGGCUGCCCUGUUAAAAUAUUUGCUAAGGAAGAGCGAAAGCUCCACCCAUCAUCAGCUGCACCCAGAAGAGAAGCCAAGUUAAUAGCUGGGCAGAAGCAAGGCUGGCAUGCAGGACUCUGCUGGAGCAAGGGCAGUUGCUAAGAAGGGGAGCCUGAGAACUGCCCUCCUUUUGCAGGGAAAGGCUGGUGGGUUGUGAGGUUUUUAGCGCAAGCUGUGAAUCCUGGCCCAGGAAUCAGGGUGGGCAUGAAGAGGAGGCUCCAUGGCUUGGUGCGGUAGAAGCCAGGUCCUCCCCUCAGGCUCUAGCCCUACCCGCUGCAGUUGCCUUCAGACCUUUGCCACUUUCACCCUCCUCCUCCUCCUCCUCUACCCAUCCCCCAGCUGCUCUGCCUGCCCAGCUGUUUGCAGCUGUACCUCUGGGGAAAUCAACUGCAUGGAGCACAAGCUGCGCUGGGUACCGGAGGACCUUCCAGCCAAUGCCACCACUGUCCUGCUGGACUACAACCGCAUUGCCACCCUCCAGAACAGCACCUUUGUCGUCCAGGGCGCCCUGCGCCACCUGAGCCUUCGGAGCAACAUCCUCGGGGUCAUCUACCCCCAGGCCCUGGCUGGCCUUAGUGAGCUGCGGGAACUGGACCUGAGUGGGAACUACCUGAUUGUCCUGCAACCCAAUACUUUCCUCCCCGUGCCGAAGCUGAGGAUGCUGAACCUGGGGAACAACAAGCUCUUGAUGCUGGAGCCAGAGCUGCUCAGCUCCUUGCCGCACCUCGAGUCUCUGUUUCUGCAGGGCAAUGCGCUCGUUUCACUCUCACCCGACGUCUUCAGCAACCUGCCUUCUUUGCACUUCCUCAGGCUGCACAACAACCCCUGGGGGUGCACCUGCGCCAUCCAGCCCCUCUACCAGUGGCUCACUGACAACGUGGAGAAAGUCCCAGAGGUGGACUCUGUCUCUUGCAAACGCCCCACACAGCUCACCCAACAUCCCAUCGCUGCCAUUGGGAACGAGUCCUUUGCUCACUGCCGGGAGCCCUGGCUGAACGUAAAAGAUUAUGCUUUCUUCCUGCUCAUUGGCCCGUCCACCUUCUUAACCAGCAUCUGCAUCUGCAUCCUCUUCGGCUCGCUAGCGGUGGCCCAAGCAAAGAUCCUCAAGGUGUCGUCCAUCCGGCCAGGCGCCCUGGCAAGGCGUGCAGAGCGCGGUCCUCGCUAGCCAAGCUGUGCCUCCAAACUGCCACUGUUUUGAUGACUCCCCCUCAGUCUCUGUGAUGUAGUUACGCUGUGGCCCUGCGAUAUGGGUCACUGUUACUCCUGGUUUGUUGAUGGUAUUGAGGGUUUACCUGGGUGGGAGCGUGAGAAAGCCUUGGGUAAGAGUGUGGGGUGUGCAGCUAGAAAGCAGGAGGCAGGUUUGCAGUGAAGUGGCAGCAAGUGGCUUCUGGACCUUUCCUCCUACCCCACCCUUUGACCCUGGAAGAAGUGACCCCACCAGCUCAGUUCCAGGAUCACAAGCCGGCCUUGAGUCAAAGGUGACAUGCUAGAAGUUUGUGAAAUUAUAGCCAGCACAGAGAAAUGAAGCUGAAUGUGGGAAGAUUCAGGACAGACAAAAGACAGAUUUUCUUCGUGCAGCACAGAGCUAAAUUGUGGAACUCGCUUCCAUUGGGAGUCCGUGAUGACCACCAACCUAGAUGACUUUCAAAGAGGGUUAGACAAAUUCAUGGCUAUUGGUGGCUACGAGCCAUGAUGGCUAAGCUCUGCCUCCACAGUUGGGAGGCACUAAAUGCUUCUGAAUACCAGCUGGUGGAAACCACAAGAGGGGAGAAGGCCUGUGUGCUCAGGUCCUGCUUAUGGGUUUUCCAAGGUGAGAACGGAUGCUGGACAAAAUGGGUCCCCAUUGGCCUGAUCCUGCAGGGCUCUUUUCAUGUUCUUGCCAACAGAAAUGCAACUGGGUGGAGCAGUGUUGACAUCAGCAGCUGUGGGCAGAGGCAGUGCUGAGCACCCUUCUUCUGCUCUGCUGCGUGUCAGCACCAUCACUGGCUAGGGUGUGUUUUGCAGCCGCUAGCACAGCAGAGGUCAGGGGGACCCAAUCAGCUUCCAGCUAGCGCUCUAAAGCAGGGGUCAGCAAACUUUUUCAGCAGGGGGCUGGUCCACUGUCGCUCAGACCUUGUGAGGGGCCGGACUAUAUUUUGAAACGGAAAAAAACACACGAAUUCCUAUGCCCCACAAAUAACCCAGAGAUGCAUUUUAAAUAAAAGCACACAUUCUACUCAUGUAAAAGCACACUGAUUCCCAGACCAUCCGUAGGCUGGAUUUAGAAGGCGAUUGGGCCAGAUCAAGCCCCUGGACCUUAGUUUGCCUAUGCAUGCUAUAAAGCUAUCAGCUGCUGGGCCAACUCCUUCAUCCUAGUCCUGAUUCACUUCAGUUUAAGAAACCUCCUUGGCACUUGUCCUCUUUGCGUGGCACAGCAAGUGUUCCAAGAUGAUGCCACAUAAGCCCCUGAGGAAGGGUGACUCGCCCAAUAACUGCAAGCCUGCAGCAAAAGGUAGGGUUUGAACACAGAGACCAGCAACCAGUUCUGUGGCAUACCCAAAUCUGUGACUCGAAGAUGGCUGGUUGGGUGGGCUGGCUUCUCAGGAUGGGAAGGAUACAGCGAGGCCUGAGCCAGCACACACCUCUGCACAAGUUUCUGUUGCACUUAGGAGAGCUUUAGGGUCUGAACAAGCAUAGAGGGGAGAGGAUGGAUGUGGCAGGCAUGUAUGUGGUGCCAAUUCAGCUCCUUAGAUGGGGAUGUGGGUCGAUGCUCCGCCUAGUCUGGUGCUAGAGACAGAGGUGGCUACUGGAUGCCUCCCAUGGUGACCGCAAAAUGACUGCCUUUUCAUCCUGGAGGUUGGAAGGCUGCUGACCCCUUUCAGCCUGCAGCUGAGCCCAUGCAGGGCUGCUCCCCCAAAUGGGUAACCAGAGACCAAAUCUUACUCUUCUGCACACAUUCCCACCCGUCUGCUGCA